ACUGUUACAGUUUUGGAUCAAAGGAAACAAAGAUGUUAGAAUGACAAAUUUUCACCGUAAACGAGCGUCAGAUCUAUUACUAUCAUUAAAUAAAUCCAUAUCAAAAGAAUUUUCGAGAAAGGCAAGACCUUUGGAGGAAGUAGAUCGGUUCAAGGCUACUGAACUACGACAGUUGUUAUUAUAUACUGGACCAAUAGUAUUUCUCGAUAAUUUGCCGAGUGACAAAUACAAUCAUUUCCUAUGCUUGAGCGUUGCGAUUCGAAUUUUAGCGAGCCCUGAAUACCACAUAAAAUUGAACGAUUAUGCCAGACAACUGCUACAGUAUUUUGUUGAAUCUUUUCCAUUACUCUAUGGUCACCAGCAUGUGUCAUACAACGUGCAUAAUUUGAUACACCUUUGUAAUGAUGUAAAGUUGAAAGGGCCUCUAGAUAAAUUUAGUGCGUUUAAAUUUGAAAAUUAUAUGCAAAAAAUUAAAAAGUUAUUAAUAACAUCCAGCAAGCCUUUAGCACAACUUAUAAAACGUCAUCAAGAAGAAUGUAAAAUCAACGUCCAAUCUGAAAAAUUUGAAUAUCCAAUCAUAAAAUAUGCAAACAUUGAAGAGACCAGUAAUGGCAAAAAAAACAUUCAAUCUAUUCGGUAUCGUGAUUUUUUUAUAAGUACAAAAAUUCCUGACAAUUGCUGUUGCUUAAAAGAUGGUGCAAUUAUCGAAGUAUCGAGAAUUCAUCUCGAAAAUAAAAUAAUAUAUCUAACAGGUCAGAAAUUUUUAAACCCGAAAUCAUUCUUCAAAAUACCAUGUGAAUCUUCAAAAAUUGGAAUACAACUUGUUGAUAGACAGCAUCAACUUGUGAAAGUUUGCAUUUCCAACAUUAAAUUGAAAUGUCUAAAAUUCAAAUUAACCGAUAGUGAAAAUGUGGUCACUCCAUUGUUGCAUCAUUCAUAACACGUAAAGUAAUUAUAAAUAUCAUAGUAAAAACACAACGUCAUUCUUGAAUUCACGAUUUAUCUAUUUUAAAUUUCCCGCUUAGUCCCGCGUGUCACAAAUGUUCGCGCUCUCGCUUUUUCUACAGAUUUCCGGGCUGGCUGGUGGCCAUAUUGUUUUAUUACGCAUUUCGGUCGUAGCUCCCACGUGUCCAAGUAUUGAAGUUUCGCAUUAAAUAAUUUAAUUACUUGAAAUACAUAGAUCGAUUGAUCUCGAUUAGUGUUAUUGCGUCCAGUGCAGUCAGUGCAGUUAGUGUUGUACGCAGUCAUUACGUCAUUCUCACGAUAUAUUCGGACUUCAAUAAUCAACCGACUGAUCAGAAUUGGUUCUGCCGGUUACAUCUACACAAUCUAUAGAAACAUGCCGUUGCCCUACGCUGUUGUAUCUUUUUUAAAUGAUGAUUCUGACGAUGAACAAGUGACAUCUGAGGUCCCGAGUUGUUGGUUAACUCCCAACAAUACAAAAUGCUGGUGGCCUAAGACAAAAAACAUAAGUGCAUUCAUGGUUAAAAAAGUAUUGCCCGAUACUGAAGAUCCUAAGUGGGAAUUGUACGACGUCAUAUUCGAAAACUAUUUUGAUUUGAUGGCAACCCUGAUUAACAGCAGAGAUAGUGAGAGUUUGGAAAAAGCCAGAAAAAAAGCUGAGAGUAUUUCAUCAAGUGAUGAACAAAAUAUACCAGAUAGAAAACGGAUUCAAAGAAAAAAGAAAUCUAUGUCACAAAAAAAAAUUAUUGGAAAUUCAGACAGCGAACAAGAAAUGUCAUGCAGAAACAUGCUUAAAAAAAUUCCUGAUCUACCACAUAAUUACGUCACUAACAACAGCAUGCAGUUCGAUAUUGAAAAUAUUCCUGUUAUUUAUGAAGAGACCGAUGAACCAAAAGGUUAUCCAUUAACACAAACUAACAUGACUUUUGACUGUCAGGCACCCACAUCAAAGAAAUCAGACUCCAUUUCAAUUAGAACACUGAAUUGCAGUCCAGUAAAGACGUUUUGUGCGUUUACAAUGACAUCAUCAACCGAUAAGCCUCACGAAACAUUAACACAAAAUGAUUCACUUAAAACCACACGCAACGUCCCAAAAGUGUUAUCGCAGCAAGUACUUACCAAAGCUCCAAUUGAAACAGAGCAGAGAUUACUUGUAGCACCAAGUUCAUCACUACCAGUAUAUGAUGCAAUAACUACCUCUUUGCCAUUGUACACAUCUAACAGAUCAGAUGCGUAUACACAAGAUAGGUCCGAGUCUUUGGUACGAAUUAUUGAAGAUAAUUUUAAUAAAUUAUUCAAAAAAGUUGCUGAAAUAGCAGUAGAGGUAAAAUCUUUGACAGCAAGUUUGAAUAAAUUACAAACAAGAUUUCAUGAUGACACCGACACCCCUGCAAGUGCUGAACUGCUCAUGAUCACAGAUUCGUUACCAUUUCCUACAAUUGAUAAACUGAAGGACUUUGAAUACCAAUUGGAAAUAAAUGCUACCCUAAAAUCUAGUGUGGGAUCAUAUUUCAAACGAAUUGGAGGUAGCGGAGCAAAAGAUACUACAUUGCGUAUUCUUCGAAGAGUUUUCUCAAAUGCAGUGGCUCAGAAUUGUUCCUGGUUGGGCCUACGUGAUAAUUUUUCAGUCCAAAAUUUGGCUAUAAUAAAGAUCACCAAAGAUCUAUUUUUAUUUCCUAGAUGCAGUAAUGGUGAAUUAUAACAUGACGGACAAAGAAUUUGAAGAAACUUGCAGUGAGUGGUUCCGUCAAGGAAAACAAAGAUUUAUCAGAGAAGAGAAGGCGAAGGCCAAAGCACGAGCAUAGAGGAAGCACGAGCAAUCGCACAAGUUCAUACUGUAAAUUAACCACAGUUCAACGAAUUGGAGUCAAUCUUAUAUUUAAUUUCAAUUUAUUCUUGUUUUACAACUUACAUCUGUACUGGCUCAAGUUAAUUCAUGAUACUCACCUACAAACUGCAAUUCAUAUAGAUUUUUAAGUUCAUUUGAUAGCUUUCAUACCUUCAUAUAUCUUAAUCUUAAAUAGUUUGAAGCUAAUUUCAUACCUCGAAUGUUUACGGUGCAGUAGUUUCACAUCAAAACCACAAUUGUAUCAUGUUUACCAUGUACUUUGUGGUUUUGUAGUAAAACUCCAUACUAACAGUAUAAAUAUUGUCCCACUUUCCGGUGAUGUGAGCAACAUAUUCGACAUGGAGUUGGAUAGAAAAAUUAUAAACAAACUACACGGAAAAAUGAUAUAACGGUAGUUACCUUGCGAAGCCACUAUAUAUAGCCUAUACGUUCAUUUUGAAUUUACGUAUUUUUGAAAGGAUUCCAAUUCUUGUUUUAUCGCGAAAUAUAAUACCAUAUAAUACAGCCACAAGUUACAUUACAGGCACAUCAGUGUUGACUUGAUUCCACAUAGGUUAUCUAUGUA